GCAACCAAGAUCCCGUUUCUUGAAUAUAGCCCUCCACUCUGUUUCCUCGUCUAUAGUAGCCAUGGGUGGUGCCUCCGCGGAUCCAAAGAACGGCGUGUAUAUGGGAGGAUGGGGUAAUUUCGGAACCCCUCACCCCCAGAGAGGAAUUAUCACAUAUUCCCUCGCCGCUAACCGCCAGCGCCCUCUCGCCGGCGCCCUGCACAACGCAAUCUUCAACACAUGGCGACGAUGCAAGGCCCAAUUCCUCUAUGUCGUUCCUCCAUUCGUUCUCGCCUACGCUGCUAUGAACUGGGCUGUUGAGAGGAACGAAUACUUGAACUCCAAGCCUGGUCGCCUUGCCGAGGGUGUUUCUGAGGAGUAAAUGGACGUUCGUAUGAGAUAAGACUUUAUUUAGAAAGGAAAAGUGUGAAGGGGAGAUUCUUUUGAUUGCGUUGUACAGUAAUAGAGCAAUCAUACUCCAUCUAUUUCUGUG